AUGCGGCACGGUAUGCGUAUAAAGAAAAUAAGGCGCGUGCUAAAGUUCACGCAGGAGCCAUGGAUGCGCUCCUACAUUGACUUUAACACUCAAAAGCGCACGGCUGCUAAGAAAGACUUCGAAAAGAACCUAUUUAAGCUAAUGAACAACUCCGUGUUUGGUAAGACGAUGGAAAACAUCCACAAGCGGGUAAGCAUCAAGAUAGCCAGCACCAAAGAGGAAGCAGAGGCUUACGUGUCGCAGCUGGGUUUCGUGCGCUACGCCAAAUUGCUUAACUUCUACGUAAUUCACAUGAAAAAAGCAAACCUAUACCUUARCAAGCCCGUGUACACCGGGUUUACCGUACUAGACCUGUCAAAACUUUUAAUGUACGAGUUUUACUACGACAAGCUUAAGCCGAAGUACGGAGACCGGUGCCGCCUGCUAUACACGGACACUGAUUCCUUGAUACUGGAAGUGCAGACGGAAGACGUUUACCAGGACUGCUUAGUGGACAUUGACAAGUAUGACGCGAGCGGCUACCCCAAAGAGCACUUCCUUUACUCCGCUAAAAACAAAAAGGUAAUAUUAAAGAUGAAGGACGAGAUGCUUGGAAAGCCCAUCGUGGAAUACGUGGGCUUAAAGCCAAAGAUGUACAGUGUGUUAAAGUUAGACGGCGUAGAAAAGAAAGCCAAAGGCGUAAAAAAGUACGUCGUAAAGAAGGACAUUACCCACGAGUCCUACAUAAACGUCUUACGAACACGCAAGGAACAGCGGCAUAAGAUGAACAGCCUACGCAGCUACGGACAUCAAAUACACAACGUUACGCAAGAGAAGGUGUCCCUGUCUGCAUUUGAUGGUAAGAGAUGGAUGUGUGAUGACGGUAUCCAUACGAUAGCAUUGGGACAUCACACGAUAAGCAGUUCUUCUUUGACGAACUCACAUGUGUGA